AUGAAUCAGAAUGAUGUUAAAGCUGGGUAUUGGGUGCACCACAAGGAGGGUGAGGGUCCCAAAAUUGAUGCUAAACUUUUCACCCAUCUCUUCCGUGGUUAUGUCGAUUUCGAAUCUCAAUCAUAUCAAGUCACAUUUCUGGAUCAAGACACAUUCAAGAAGUUUUCUUCAACGGUGAAAAGAAGUAAUCUGAACCUGAAAACUCUGCUAUCAAUUCGAGUCGAGCACGAGAAAGCGGAGAGCUUUGCGACUCCGAUUCUCGUGCCCCCUUCGUCUAUUUCUCCAUUGAGGCAGCAAAAAGAGGCCUUGAUCUACAGUGGCUUCGCCAACUUGAGGCAUCAAAAACAUGAUUUUCAGUAUCCAAUUGAUGCAAUCCAGAAAAGCGUGGACUGGGUUAAUCUCAUUUGUUAUGAUUAUUACACUCCCACUAAUUGCAUCACUGAAACUGCACCAUCCUCAGCAUUCUCCCAUUCAGCCACUGUCAUCCCCUGUGCAUCUACAGAUAUAAAAGAGUUGAUUGGAAGUGGUUUAGCAGCUGAAAAGAUAGUACUUGGUAUUCCCUUCUACGGGUGGGCAUGGAGACUCAAGGAUCCUAAACCAAACCGCGUGUUUUCAGCAACUCAAGGAGCAGCCGAAGGUCCCGACAUCUCGGGCGACGGUCGCGUCGAUUACUUGAAUGUCAAGAAAUUCGUAGACAGCCAUGGAUGUUGUAUCAAAAACUCGAGUAUGAACUGGGUGGUUGAGUACGCCAAUUUUGAUGUAACUUGGAUUGCUUACAAUGGUGAAGGACCCAUAGUAUCCAAGAUCUUCAAGGCUAAGAACAACUUCUCUGGGCUGCGUGGUUAG